AUUAGGUUUUUCACCAGAGAUAGAGAGAGAGAGAGUCAACGAAGAAAAUGUCGUGGAUUAGUACGGAAGCAUCGCAGAGUGUCUCCCUCAUAGAGAAUGGCGGCGGAAGCGAGAAGCGGACGGCGGAGCUAUCGAGAAGUAACCGGAGAACGGUGCAGAAUCUAUCGGCGACGUCGUUGAUGAGGAAGAGAUCGGAUCUGAAGCUGAUUGCGAGAGUUCGAUGGGAGUUUAUGAGGAGAAUGUUGACGAAUCUUCAUGAAGUUCUUCUCGGCACAAAACUCUUCCUUCUCUUUCCCGCCGUUCCCCUUGCCGUCCUCGCUCACCGCUAUGGAUGUCCACGUGCGUGGGUGUUUGCGUUGAGCUUGCUUGGAUUGAUACCUUUGGCUGAACGUAUUAGUUUUCUCACAGAGCAAAUUGCUUUCCAUACUGGUCCAACAGUCGGGGGAUUAAUGAACGCGACAUGUGGGAAUGCGACGGAGAUGAUAAUAGCGAUUCUAGCGGUUGGACAAAGGAAGAUGAGGAUUGUAAAACUAUCACUUCUUGGCUCUAUCCUCUCCAAUCUUCUCUUCGUCUUGGGCACUUCUCUCUUCUUUGGUGGUCUCUCCAAUCUCCGCAAACACCAAUCUUUUGACCGAAGCCAAGGAGAUAUGAACUGCAUCUUGCUGUUUCUGGCGCUAUUAUGUCAUACACUACCAAUGAUAUUAAGAUUCGCAACAGAGGCUGCUGGGGGAACAGCAGCAAGAAGCGAAGAUGGAUCAGAUGUUCUUGUCUUGUCAAGAGCAAGCAGCUUCGUUAUGCUCUUUGCUUACUUGGCUUUCCUCAUCUUUCACCUCUUCUCUUCUCGCCUCACUCCUCCUCCUCCUCCUCCUCCUCCUCAGAGGGAAGAAGACGAAGAUGUUUAUGACGAUGACGUGAGUGACAAGGAAGAAGAAGCUGUGAUUGGAAUGUGGAGUGCUAUUCUCUGGCUUAUUACAAUGACACUACUCGUUGCUUUGCUCUCCGACUACCUUGUCUCCACAAUUCAGAACGCAGCAGACUCGUGGGGACUAUCGGUGGCAUUUAUAGGAAUAAUAUUGUUACCAAUUGUUGGUAAUGCAGCUGAGCAUGCUGGCGCCGUCAUCUUUGCCUUCCGUAACAAACUCGAUAUAACUCUGGGAAUUGCGCUUGGGUCUGCAACACAGAUUGCUUUGUUCGUGGUACCAGUGACAGUGUUAGUGGCAUGGGCAAUGGGGAUAGAAAUGGACCUCAACUUCAACCUCCUUGAGACCGCUUGUCUUGCCUUGUCCAUCCUCGUUACUUCCUUCACAUUGCAGGAUGGGACUUCGAAUUAUAUGAAAGGCUUGGUUCUUCUUUUGUGUUAUACUGUCAUUGCUGUCUGCUUCUUUGUCUCUAAUUUACCUUCAACGGAAACCAUUACAACUAAUCAUACAUUGACAUAAAGGUAAAUGGAUCAUGUUUACUCCUUUUUGUAAUUUUCAUAUUUUAUUUCGACUUAUUUGUAUAUAUUAAAUUAAUAUUUUAUGUAAGAUUCUUUUUGCUACAUUAUUAUUUGUUAAGGUAGUCCUUAA